GUCCGAAGCGUUCCGUAGGUGCAAUCAUGACAAACAUAGGACGUGACGAGCUGUAUGCUGCUUCCGUCGGCACAACUUUCAGCCCUGGGGUCGAGCGAAGCCGCUCCACUGAAGACGUGAUGGUAACCCAAAGCAGAUCAUCCUGCGGUUCCAGCUUUAUAAUAGGCGCCGUCCUUAGGCAGACGCCGGACAUGUCCGAUAUGUUCCCCUGUGCAGCCAUACAUAUAUGCCCCCCAGCCGCGCCAGCACAUGCCUUCCUUCCAACCGGUACCACUUUCCUCUUCGUUUGCACUGAGAACCACCUCUGCCACCCUACAACCAUCCUCGUCGAUCUUUCACCAUGUCGCCUGCACUCUCCACGAUCCCCAACCCGUACGCCGACGCACAUAAGUCUCCCGAAGGGCCAGGUGACGCUCGGCCCACUACUGCCCAGAUCCUGGCGGACAACGAUGCCAUUGGCAAGUUUGUUGACAAGACCUUCUUGGUGACCGGCGGGACCGACGGGCUGGGCCUCGAGACUGUGCGCAGCCUACUCAAGACUGGAGCACAUGUCUGGUUUAGUGCCCGCAACGAAGGUAAGGCGGAGAAGGUGAAGAAGGAACUCUUGCAGCAAGAUACCAGCGCGAGGCUGGACUGGAUCAAGAUAGACAAUGCGAGCCUUGAGAGCGUGCAAUUGGGAGCGGAAGACUUCCUGCGGCGGAGCAAGAACUUGAACGUGCUAAUCUGCAAUGCUGGUAUCGGCAACGUCCCUCACAGCCUGACCAAAGAAGGUCACGAAAUCCAAUUCGGCGUCAACCACCUCGCCCAUUUCUAUCUCUUUCAGCUCCUGAGGCCGCUCCUGCUCGCAUCCUCCACCCCCUCCUUCAACAGCCGCGUGGUCACCGUCUCGAGCCUUGCCCAUAGCUUCGCCACGGACUACGCAGAGUUGGUAGACCUUGGGCCCGGGUACAACCCGCUCGUCGCGUACGGCCAAAGCAAGACCGCCAAUAUCUGGAUGACGAACGAGAUCGAGCGUCGUUAUGGGGCGCACGGCAUUCACGGUAUUGCCGUUCAUCCUGGCAAUAUCCAGACGGCGGCGUUCCUCACCUUCGACCAACGCGCGAUGGAGAAGCUGGCUCCAAUAUUUCAAAAGGAAGAGUUCCAGAAGGCGUUCCUGAGUGUAGAGCAAGGGGCGGCUAAUCAGGUGCUUGCCGCAAUCGGCAGGGAUUUUGAAGGCAAAGGAGGCUUCUACAUGAAUGAAUGUGGGGUCGCGCAGAUAUGGCCGGACAAUGUGGAGAUGCAGAGUAAUGGGUAUCUGCCGUGGGCGUACAAUCCGGAGGGUGAGAAGCGCUUGUGGGCUGAUUCAUUGGAAAUGGUGGGGUUGAAGGAUGAGCAGUAG